AUGAGUUUUAGUCGAAAUUCGACGGGGAGAAGUGGAGAUUCCUUGGAAGGAAUGUUGAAUGACUAUGUUGCUGGAAAGACAAAAAUGAAGCCUCAAAAAGCUGUCUCCUCAAAAUUUGUUGCAGCACUAACAUGUCUUCAAUUUUUCUUUGCAGUUUACGCAACAUUUUUAUUGUAUUACAUGGGUCCUUCUAUUGAUUUAAGAACCAAACCCGAUUUCACAAGAAUUGCGCAACAAUGGAAGCAUCUCAUGAUCACACCACACAUUGUAGGACGUUACCAAGAAUCAUCUUCUUCACUCAUCCAAGAAGAUAACAACAAUCAACUUCCGUCGCUUGUUUGCGAGAGCGAGAAAAUUGAUUUCUUGCAAAAGAAGUCAAGUGAUGUUCAGAUGAUUAAGCUAAAGAGAGAGCUUUAUGAAGAAGUUUUGAGUUUCCAAAACAAAACCAUUGGAACUGAGACUCUUCAAGAGCUUAUGAAAAUGAAAUCCAAAUGGGAUUUAAACGGUCCGAAUCUUAAAAAGCCGAAAAUCAAUGUUUUGUUAAACCACUUCAAGAGAAAAACACUUUGUGCACAGCUUGACUCAUUACUUCAACAAACACUUCCUUUUCAUCAAGUUUGGGUGCUUUCGUUCGGGAGUCCAAAUGAGGCGUCGUUAAAAAGAAUCGUGGAAAGCUAUAACGACUCGAGAAUCAGUUUCAUAAGUUCGAGUUACGAUUUCAAGUACUACGGAAGGUUUCAAAUGGCUUUACAAACAGAAGCUGAUUUGGUUUAUAUUGUGGAUGAUGAUAUGAUACCUGGAAAGAAAAUGUUGGAGAUUUUGGCGCAUGUUGCGGGGACCGAAAAGUAUAAGAAUUCUGUUUUGGGAAGUAUUGGAAGGAUAUUGCCAUUUAGACAGAAGGAUUUUACUUUUCCAAGUUAUAGGAAAUUUAAGUCUAGAGAAGCUGGUUUGUAUUUGCCUGAUCCUGCUUAUGAUAUCACCAUUGACAGAAUUGUGCAGGUUGAUUUUCUUUCAAGCUCUUGGUUUUUAUCUGCUGAACUUGUUAAGACUCUUUUCAUUGAAACACCUUUUACUUUCUCUACUGGUGAAGAUCUACACCUCAGCUAUCAGCUUCAGAAGUAUAGAAAUGCAGGGUCAUUUGUUCUACCAGUAGAUCCAAAAGACAAAGAAACAUGGGGUGAUAGUGAGCACAGGCUAGCCUAUGUAUCAGAAACAACAGUAAUUUUCAAAGACAUAGUUCAAGUAAGAGAUGAUCAAUGGUGGAAAGCACUUUCAUCAGGCUACAUAACACAAUGGGCAGCAAUGUAUCCACAAAAAAUUGAUGCACUCUUUUAUGCUCAUUCAGUUGAUGAAGUAAAAGCACUUUCACCACUUCUUGAAAAAUUCAGGUCCACAGUUGGCAAAAAGGCCUACAUUGUUGUCUCUGGUGGAAACUUCUGUCCUUGUGAGCAUGCUGCAGCAGCUCUCAAAUGGCCUUUAAUGGUUUGCAAAGAACGUAGGUUUAAGAUCUUUGAUUUGGGCGUUGGAUCGCUUUCUGGCGUGUCGAACUCCGAAGCACCGGUUAUACAAGCUGUGUAUACUAGUUUGAAGGGUUUGAUUAAAAUUCAUAACCCAAGUGUUGUUAUAACUGUGGAUGAUAUUGAUGUUAAUGUAAGAAAGGCUUUGAAGAUGGCUUCUGAAGCUAAUUCAAAUGGAACUACAUUGGUUCUUUUGCCUAGGGCAUCUGUUUCUAAAGUUCUUUGGAUGGCUGAUCUUAGAUCAACAGCAUUGCCAAAUUGGAACAGGAUGAGCCUUUCCAUCAACAUCAUAACCCAAAACAGGGUAAACUCCCUAUCAAGGCUUCUAAAAUCUCUCACCAAUGCAUACUAUCUAGGAGAUGAAAUUCCAAUCACCUUCAACAUGGAUAGCAAAGUUGAUGAAUCAACAAUAAAACUAGUAGGUUCAUUUGAAUGGCCACAUGGACCCAAAACACUAAGAAGAAGAAUCAUCCAAGGUGGACUCAUAAGAGCAGUAAGUGAAAGUUGGUAUCCAUCUUCAGAUGACAACUUUGGUUUACUCCUUGAAGAUGACAUUGAAGUCUCACCUUAUUACUAUCUAUGGAUCAAAUAUGCACUCAUGAAUUACCAUUAUGACCCUCAAGUAUCUCUCCCACAACUCUCUUCAAUCUCUCUCUACACACCAAAGAUUGUUGAAGUUGUCAAAGAAAGACCAAAAUGGAAUGCAACAGACUUCUUCAAACAAGUCCAUCCUAACACGCCUUACCUUCACCAACUACCAUGCAGUUGGGGAGCAGUCUUUUUCCCUAAACACUGGAGAGAGUUUUAUGUUUACAUGAACAUGAGAUUCACCGAAGACGCCAAGAAAAACCCGGUUCAAAUACCGAAAUCAAGAACAAACGGCUGGCAAGCUUCAUGGAAAAAAUUCCUCAUAGACAUGAUGUAUCUAAGAGGGUAUGUAAGUCUUUAUCCAAAUUUUCCAAACCAAGCAAGCUUUUCAACCAACCAUAUGGAACCUGGUGCACAUAUAAGUGCAAAGGACAACGUUGUUAAGCAUGAUAAAAUGGAUUUUGAGGUUCCAUUACUGAAAGAUGAUUUCAGAAACUUCUUGCCAGGAAUGAAAAUGCCUUCCGCGUCGAGAUUACCGUCUUUGAAUCUUUUCAAUCAAGCUGUUUCUCUUAAGGGUCUUAAAGCUGCUGGUGCUAAGUUGGGACAGGAUGUGCUUAAAUGUGAUAAUGCUACUGAGGUUGUUGAGGUUGAUCAUCGUACUGGUUUGCCACAGCGAUGCUCUAAAUUCUGA